UUAGAGAAGGUCUCCACAGAUGGUUGGCCUCAGCAAAUGGCUUCAUGUGUUGUACACAAUGUUCUACAGUACCUAUGUUCUACAGUACCUAUGUUCUACAGUACCUAUGUUCUACAUGUAUGUACUGUAUGUUCUACAGUACCUAUGUUCUACAGUACCUAUGUUCUACAUGUAUGUACACAAUGUUCUACAGUACCUAUACUCUACAGUAACUAUAUUCUACAGUAUCUAUGUUCUACAGUACCUAUGUUCUACAUGUAUGUACUGUAUGUUCUACAGUACCUAUGUUCUACGUUACCUAUGUUCUACAUGUAUGUACUGUAUGUUCUACAGUACCUAUGUUCUACGUUACCUAUGUUCUACAUGUAUGUACUGUAUGUUCUACAGUACCUAUGUUCUACGUUACCUAUGUUCUACAUUACCUAUGUUCUACAGUACCUACGUUCUACAGCAUCUAUGUUCUACAAUAUCUAUGUUAUACAGUACCUAUGUUCUACAGUACCAAUGUUCUACAGUACCAAUGUUCUACAGUACCAAUGUUCUACAGUACCUAUACUCUACAGUACCUAUGUUUUACAGUAUCUAUGUUCUACAGUAUCUAUGUUCUACAGUACCUAUGUUCUACAGUACCUAUGUUUUACAGUAUCUAUGUUCUACAGUAUCUAUGUUCUACAGUACCUAUGUUCUACAGUACCUAUGUUCUACAACAUCUAUGUUCUACAGUAUCUAUGUUAUACAGUACCUAUGUUAUACAGUACCUAUGUUAUACAGUACCUAUGUUAUACAGUACCUAUGUUUUACAGUACCUAUGUUUUACAGUAUCUAUGUUCUACAGUAUCUAUGUUAUACAGUACCUAUGUUCUACAGUAUCUAUGUUAUACAGUACCUAUGUUAUACAGUAUGUUAUACAGUACCUAUGUUUUACAGUACCUAUAUUCUACAGUAUCUAUGUUCUACAGUACCUACAUUCUACAGCAUCUGUGUUCUACAGUACAUACAGUAUGUCCUACAGUACCAAUGUUCUACAGUACCUAUAUUCUACAGUACCUAUAUUCUACAGUACCUAUGUUUUACAGUACCUAUGUUAUACAGUACCUAUGUUUUACAGUACCUAUGUUCUACAGUAUCUAUAUUCUACAGUACCUAUGUUCUACAGUAUCUAUGUUCUACAGUAUCUAUGUUGUACAGUGCCCACGUUCUACCAGAGUUAAUAAUGAAAGUCAUGGUAGAUGCUUGGCAGGCAGUAAACAGAGGAAUGAAGAUGAUCCAUAUGAACAAACACACUGACUACAACUUGAAAACAGUGAGCUAAGAUGAGAUGUGGCAGUAAGUCAUUAACAACCUGUCUUUCUGUCAUUUCUCAUCAGAGGAUUGUCUUUGUCUAAAACUGGCAUUAAGGCAGCAGGUGAAAUGCAUUCCUUCAARAAAUCCUGAGUCUUAAAUUAUGAUAAAUCUAUCCACCUUAAAUAACCACAGCAGGCUCUGAAUUGACACCAUGUUAAUUUAGCCCAGCUGCUUGUGAAGCUCCAUGUCAUCAGGUAGMGUUAGAUCAG